UUGCAAGUUGCAUUUGCUGUGUGGUUAUUAAUGUAUGGCAGAAAAUAGAAGUUCUUAUAACAUUUGGUGAAAAUUAAAAUGGUUAAAAUGUAAAUUAAAAAAUGUCAUCAUCGGAUAGUUUUAUCGAUGCUCUAACGUUAGAUUGUCGUGUUUUGCUGGCAAAAUUUGAAGAAAAGCAAAGCAUUCGUUUUGAAGCAUUCUGUGAAGUUUGGAAAGAGUUAAAAUUUGACUGCAUUCAUCUAAUCUGUGAAAGUGAUCAUGAAAAAACAGUGAUUAUCGAUUACUUUUAUCGCAUUCUCUGUCGAUAUUUACCACCAAGCCUUCCAUUACAAUAUCAAGUUGGUGCUAUUUAUUCUCUCUAUGCUAUCUACCACAGCCAGCCAGUGGAGUUGAUUCCCAAAGUGAAGAUACGAAUGACAAUGUCAAUGUGGAUUGACUUACUUUCCCUGCAGGAGAAGGUAAAGGAACAAAAGCACUAUGAUGUUUAUUAUAUUAUUGCAUCAAUGAAGUGGGACAAAGUUUUUCUUUUUGUGGCCAUGCCAGUUCAGCUUGCUUUGGGAUCGCAAGACGCCAUUAUGCAAUUUGAAAAGGAAGAAAAUAAAGGUUUCAAGUCAAAUUACACUUUACACAAGACAAAAGAAAUGCUAAAGGAUAUUAUUGAUAUUGAUAAUACGUACAAUUCAGUCAAGAUGAAGAUAUUCUCAACUGAUAAAAAUGAGCCGAUUCUAGAUCCUGUCACUUUAAAAGUAACAUCCCCCGAAUUUGUGCAAAAUUUACAACAAGAAGUCACUGAGUUUGAAAAAUGGAAAGAAAAUACAAAGGGUAGUUUAAAAGCAAAACUAAUAAACCGUCCACUGGAAGUUGGUCUACCUGAAGACCGUAAGAGUGAUUCUGAAAAACAGUCAGAAUCGACGUCAAGCGCUGUUGAUCGAUACCUGCUGGUCAAAGAGAUAAAAGAUCGUUCGUUCAAAUCAAUACCUCAGGUUGCUAAACACAAACGACGCUAUCAACCGAUCCCCGAAAGUUCUAUAUCUUCCAAGUCUAGCCGGAAAUAGACUAAACAAAGUGAUCGUAGGCAAAAGAUUUAGUUCAAAUCAAUGUAUAUAUUAGCAUCGAUGAAAUUUUGUAUGUGUUAAAUCAAUACUAUAAUAAAAAAAAUUGUAUUUGUA